GUUUUGGAUCGGGAGACGUGCCUCGCGUCUCAAGCCGAAGUCGCACAUGCGCAGUUUGCGCAGAGCGCGGGGACUACACGUAGCCUUGGCAACGUAGAGAGGGGGAGUCCCGGCAACGCGCAGUCAACACUCACCUCGUUUAGGGCCCGAGCACGCAGCUCGCGCUCCGGGCGCCCUGUUUCCCCGGAAGACCAGCUCGACAAGGGCGGGAGCGAGAAGAAAAGCGGAGGCGGGCUGCUGCCGGGCUCGUGCGCGCGCUCCGGGCUCGCCGGCUUGUGGGUAGGCAGCGGCAGCGCGCGUCGCACGUCAGAGCUGGGCUUUACGCUCGCAGACGUCCUCGAGCUGCGUCGGGGUGCGAAUACUGCGGGACGGUCUGUGCAGAGCUUCGUUUUACCUAUGCGCACGGAUCAGGUGAGGAGGGAGAUCGGAUGAAUGGCCUCGCUAUGGAGGAAGUGCCGGUUUCUCGAGUCCACGCGCGGCGCAGAAAGAGGCGCCUGCCCAGGACGCCGCUCGCAGGUAUUCCAUGCGAGGACGAGUUCGACUGCAAGGAGCUAGAGAGCCUUUUUCAGAAGUACAAUCUGAAACUCGAGCAGACCGCAACGCUGAAAGCGCUGGCCGUGCUCAUCCUCGCUGCGUCCGCACUCGCGCUGGUCGAGCUGCUGUCCGCUGGCUCGCGCUUCACCGUCUCCAAGGGCUCGCACCCGGUGCACUGCGUCAUCUUCACCUCGCUCUUCAUCGUCACCAACGUCAAGUACCUGCAGGUGACGCAGCUGCAACAGAUCGCCAGGCUCGCGCUGCUCUUCAGCUUCACGUUCGCGCUGCUCUGCUGCCCGUUUCCGCUCGCUCUCGGGCCUGGCACGCAGCAAGGCGCGCACGGCGCACACGGACCCGACGCGGCCGCUACUGCACCUGAGCAAGGUGUGUGGCAGCUCAUGCUCGUCACAUUCGUCGCUUACUCCCUGCUGCCGGUGCGGACCCACUUAGCCGUCGUGUUCGGCGUGCUGGUCGCUGCGUCCCAUUUUAUCGUGACUGCCACGUCUCUAACUACCCUCAGACCGCGCGUCUGGAGUCCGCUGGUGGCAAAUGCAGUGCUGCUGAUUGGUGUGAACCUGUCGGGUGUAUUUGUUCGAGUCCUUACUGAGCGUGCCCAGAGGAAGGCCUUUCUGCAAGCUAGGAGCUGCAUCCAGGAACGCCUGCAGCUGGAAGACGAAAAUGAAAAACAGGAACGCCUUCUAAUGAGUCUGCUACCCAGAAACGUUGCCAUGGAGAUGAAGGAGGACUUCCUCAAACCACCAGAAAGAAUCUUCCACAAGAUCUACAUACAACGUCAUGACAAUGUGAGUAUCCUGUUUGCAGACAUUGUUGGGUUCACCAGUUUGGCUUCUCAAUGCACAGCUCAGGAGCUGGUCAAGUUGUUGAACGAACUCUUCGGGAAGUUUGACGAGCUCGCCACAGAGAAUCACUGCAGGAGGAUAAAGAUCCUGGGGGACUGUUAUUACUGUGUGUCUGGUCUGACCCAGCCCAAAGCUGACCAUGCACACUGCUGUGUGGAAAUGGGACUCGACAUGAUUGACACCAUCACGUCUGUUGCAGAGGCGACGGAGGUGGAUCUGAACAUGCGUGUGGGAUUGCACACAGGUCGUGUGCUGUGUGGGGUUCUGGGAUUAAGGAAGUGGCAGUAUGAUGUCUGGUCCAAUGAUGUCACUCUGGCAAACAUGAUGGAGGCAGGAGGACUUCCGGGUAAGGUUCAUAUCACUAAAGCCACUUUGGAAUGUCUGAAUGGAGAUUACGAGGUGGAGCCAGGCUAUGGGCACGAGAGACACGCUUUCCUCAGCAAACACGCCAUCGAGACCUUUUUUAUUGUGCCCUCUCACAGACGCAAGAUUUUCCCUGGCUUGAUUCUGUCUGAUAUAAAGCCAGCAAAGAAGAUGAAGUUUAAGACGGUCUGCUACCUUCUCGUGCAGCUCAUGCACUGCAGGAAAAUGUUUAAGGCUGAGAUUCCUUUCUCCAAUGUCAUGACCUGCGAAGACGAUGAUAAGAGGCGAGCUCUACGCACAGCAUCAGAGAAGCUACGCAACCGCACGUCCUUCUCGGGAGUAGCGCAUAACUCACCCGGAACACGUGUGAACCGCUACAUCGGAAGACUGAUUGAAGCUCGGCAAACCGAAUCGGAAACAGCAGAUCUCAAUUACAUCACUCUGACCUACAGGAGCAGAGAACGAGAGAGAACGUAUCAGCAGGUGUAUGAUGAUGGCUUUAUCAAUGCCGUGGUGUUCUCUCUCCUCCUCACUUCACUCUUCGCUCUCAUCUAUUUUCUAAUUAUCCCUCAAGGUCUGGUGAUCGUUAUUUUGCUGGUUAUUUGUAUCUGUUUUCAUAUGGCAAGUGUAAUGUAUCUUCACCUCACUCACAUGCAGUGCUCUCCGGACUGUCUUACUCUGCAGAUCAGGACGGUUCUGUGUGGCUUUCUGGUCCUUCUGACGUAUUCCGUGACCCAGGGCUGUGUAGUGGCGUGCAUGCCAUGGUCAUGGGAGGGCAACUCCAGCAUCUCCAUUUUCAGGGUUGUCAUAGUGAACAGCACGGCAGUGGGUACAGGUGUGUGUAAAUACACUCCGUACGUGUUCCUAUCUUGCGUGAUGGCAUCACUGUCUGUGGCUCUAUACCUGCGCGUGUCAUCACUACCCAAGAUUCUCUUACUUCUCCUCCUCAACGUCCUCCAUACCGUUGUCAUGGAGACCAGCGGUUACCGGCAAGCUGUGGGAGGAGGGUUCUUUCACACACAUGGGUAUGAUCCAGUUCUGGCGAUGCUCCUCUUCUCUGGUGCAAUGAUACUCCACUGCAGGCAACAGGACCUCAAACUCAGACUUGACUACCUGUGGGCCACACAGGCUGAAGAGGAUAGAGAUGACAUGGAGAAAGUCAAACUGGACAAUAAGAGGAUUCUGUUUAACUUGCUCCCUGCCCAUGUGGCCCAGCACUUUCUCCUGUCCAACCCACGUAACAUGGACCUGUACUAUCAGUCCUACUCUCAGGUGGGCGUCCUGUUCGCCUCCAUCCCAAACUUCAAUGACUUCUACAUUGAGCUGGAUGGAAACAAUAUGGGUGUAGAGUGUUUGCGGCUCCUCAAUGAGAUCAUUGCAGACUUUGAUGCACUGCUGGAUAAGGAGUGCUAUAAGGACAUUGAGAAGAUUAAAACUAUAGGCAGCACUUACAUGGCAGCAGUGGGCCUUGUUCCGACCACUGGAUCUAAGGCCAAGAAGUCCAUUUCUGAACAUUUACGUACAGUGGCAGAUUUCGCUAUACAGAUGUUCAGAGUUCUCGACGCGAUAAACUACCAGUCAUACAAUGACUUUGUGCUUCGAGUGGGUAUUAAUGUAGGUCCAGUGGUUGCAGGAGUUAUUGGUGCUCGUAGGCCUCAGUAUGACAUCUGGGGGAACACAGUGAAUGUGGCCAGCAGGAUGGACAGCACUGGAGUACAAGGCAAAAUCCAGGUGACUGAAGACGUCUUCCGGCUCCUCUCUGGCCAUUACCGCUUCCUAUGCCGUGGUCAGGUCAGUGUGAAAGGAAAAGGUCAAAUGCUCACCUACUUCCUAGAAAGUUGGUCUCAUGAAGGCCCUCUCCAAUCGUGCUCCCAGAGCUUGGAGCGCAGAGGAAGCCCAUGCAUCCAGACAAAGUUGAGCCACGCCCCCACUGCGACUAGUUAUGGGGUCAAAACACAGAAUGUUGGCCCUGGUCCCACCUCCUCCAACAACAGCAUCCUCUACCUGCCCUCCAUUUCUGUCGACGUGGAGAUGGAGGUGUGACUGACGAGGAGGCACUUUCUAUGGCAAACAACCUGUUAGCGAAUCAAGGGGGAGUGAGACGUGACGGACUGAGGGGAUGAUGGAGGACACAGAAGAACACACUCGCAUUGAGAAAGCAACGGGAGAGACGCAUGACUGAGAUUAAAGCAGUCUUCACUGUCCACAGGGUGACCGUGAUGUUUAUGAGUGAUGAGACAUUUAAAUCUCUCAUGCAGAGUAUAACUCUCCUCCCCACACACAUGCAAACAUAAUGAGCAGGUUUGUUUAUUUGUGUGUGUAUGUUUGUGUGUGUGCAUGUGCACGUGUGUGGGUGUUUGUUUUAAUGAGUCUUCCUCAGUCCAGCUAGAUAUCAGGGGCUCCUAAAGAGGAGCAUGUGUUUUACAGUAAUGGCAGCUUCACACCAACAAAGGAGCCGCACACACUCCUCUGUGUGUGAGUUUGUGUGUGUGUGUGUGUGUGUGUGUGUGUGUGUGUGUGUUUAUUUGCCUAUGAAAAUAAGCAUGUGUAUGCAGUGGGGACCAAACAUUUAUCAUUUAAACAGCGCUGUAUUUUACAUUUGUGUGUGUUUGAGUUCAUGUGUGAAGAACUUCACAGAAAGAGUAUUUAUGAGAAACCAAUCAAUGCCCACGGUGUGACGAGAAAACAAAAAUCCCAUUGGUGUUCUGUUUAGUCAGUGGGAAGUUUAUGAAAACCUGGGGCAAUUCACAGCCUGUAUUGAUGUACAGAAAACUGAAUCUUGUAUCCUUCAAAGUAUUUCUUCUUGUUGCCUUUAUGAGCGAAUUGACUGAGUGAACUGACUAUACAUUACAUCCAGAUGUUAAAAUCUUGUAAAUAUAUAUAGUCCUGUUAUCAUUAACAAUGAGAUAAGCCGUGAGUUCCAAACACCGGUAAAGUAAAGCUGCUAACGCUUACACACUGGUGCUUUGAGUAGGAACAUUCUUGACGUCAGUGCACACUUCCUGCUGCUCUUUGACCUUUUACUAUGAUGGAGAUGCCGUUUCUGGCACAAACACAAAUACAGAAAAAGCUUUUGUCUUGAAUAUACAACUCACACACACUAAAGGUGAACGUGUGUUCCCAGAAUUCACAAACAGUACGUGUGAAAUCAACAUGUAAAGCAGUGGCUUAGCUGUUCAUGAAGACUGAAAUGUACUAUAUCCGCUGCAGGAAACUUAAGUGUCCACUUGGGAUAAUGAGCAGCUUUGUAGAAGUUUGAAAAUAGCUCACAUGGCUUGUUCUUAUUUGUGGAAACAUUUGUGAUAUUUGCUCUAUUCAGAGUUUCUAAGUAGGCUAACACUCAACUGGGUUUUGCUAGUGCUGGUGGCAAGAGGAUUUUGCCUUGUGCUUGCACAAGUAGGAGUGCUAACACAGGAUAAAACCUGUGUUCGAUUUAAAUGGCAGAGUCAGCAGAUGGCUGCUGUCAUAUAUGCUCAAAAUAUACAUGGAUCGUCAUGUAUUGAGAAUAAAAAGGGCCUCGGACAUCUUGGUUUUGUGGUCACAAUGUGUAUUUGAUCUGAUCAGUUAGUCUCUCGUAUUUAUUUGAUAGUUUUUCAUUUCUUGGUGAAAUACUACUGUAACUGAUAUUUCUCCAAAUAUGCCUAGGGAAUGAAGUUGGCUUCAAGCUUGCCGUUCUGCAUGUCCCUCUUCGCAUGCCACAGUUCUACCUUGUCUUGUUCUUUUUGCUAGGUGCAAUGUGACUCUAAUGCAUGACUAAUGCAAAAAAACCUGAACAAAAAGGGUGAAACGUGUAAUGGGUAAUAUUUAGAAAAGACUUUUAGUUGCACUGCAUGAAUGUAGAACAGUGGCCUUUUGUUCAUUUUUACGGUGUUUCUGGUCUCAAACCUUUAUCGACAGCUUGUUUGCUUUUUUCUCCAUGCAUGGUGCUGUGAAGUGUUGGAGAAAGCUUGGGAGUUUUGUAGCAUCGCUCUUGAGGUGACUGCCUUCUAUCCAGGGGUUGUUGGUUUGGGUGUAUUCCUUUGUGCCAACACAUUUUGUUACCAACAUAUCAAUUCCAGUGUUCUAUUGUAGCACAAUUUUGUGAUAUUGUGUUUGAUUCUACUUUUUAAAAAUAAUCUAGAGUUUUAUAUGCACUGGAUCCAUCAAGGGUACAGUUUUGGCUUCCUGUAAAACUUUGGGGUUGGAUGUUUCAAUGUUGGAUGUCUUCUCCUUGGUUUUGGAGAAGUAUAUUUUCUUGAAUAUCCAUUAGUCCUGGGUAAUGCAUUCUUAGCUAUUUAGUGACAUAAAAUAAAGCUCUCUAAGCUUGAAAUUGGACACAAAAUUAUGAUUAUGAAAAAUCUGUUCACCCCAAAAGUGAUGGUUAUAGUAUGGGAAUGGGAAAUUUCAUCUUUCUAUACAAUAAAUGUAUAUGAAAAUCAUUAUAGAAAAGCCAAACUCUUCAUUUUAUCUCUGAAUUAUGCCUAGAUCAGAGUUUAUGAUUAAACAAAUGUAGCCACAUGAAAAAUGAUCUAUUUUCUAUAUACAAAAUACAGUGGCCUAAUACAUCGCCAUUCUAAAUAUUACAACUUUAAUAAUGCAUAAAAUGUUCACAGUUAAUACACUAGAUUUUCAUGUUAAUUAGAUAUUUUCAUAUAUGAUACGGGUUUAAAAUAUUACAUGUAUGAAAUCUACUGCAGAGUAAAUUGAAAGUAUUUUACUUAUAACCUUAAAUAUAUGUGCUAUUUUUUGGGGUUGCAAUGUAUUGAUUGCAAUAUUGAUAUAUGUGAAUGUAAAUUUCAUAUUGAGAUCUUUUAUACCUGUGUUUGCACUGUUCUGGAAUAAAAUGACAAUGAGAGACAGA